GGAAGAUGUUAUCCAGCAAGUUGCAGACAUUCCCCCGGCAAUAGUGGUUUUAUUUUGAAAACAAUCAUUUCAUGCGUCAUAACAGGGUGCUGCAAUGUCUGAUGAUUCCUAUGGAUUAGGAAGUAUUGAACAGACUGCCCGUCAUUUGAAUGGCUCAAAUGUAACUGAAAGUAAUGAUUGUUUUCAAUCACACACAUCUACUAUGUCUAAAAAUCAGUCUCUUCAGGAGCAUCACAUUUUAACACAGAAUGAUAUCGCCAAUACUUAUAGAAAGGCUCAACAGGAUAUUAGAGUACAGCAGCAGAUUUAUGUUGAGCAGAAUCAUCCUUAUUUAAAUCAUGAAGAUCAAGUGGUUUUUACACAUCAAGUACCAAGCACUUCCCCUGGUCAGAAUACAUCCUCUGGAUCAUUCUCAGGUUUGGAUGGCCAAUCUCUGUACUGCACUGAAGUUCUCCCAAGUCUGUCCCCUCCCAGUCAACCAGUUCCAGUUGAGGGGGGUGGGACCAGCAGACGUCUGGUGACUGUAAAUGGAGCAGCCAGCAGCCAGCCAGUCCAGUACACCAUUAUUAUCGCAGACCCUCACCUCCAGCAGAAGACUGGCAGCAGCAGUCAAACCAUCAGCCCUGGUGCCACAAACAUUCUCCUCAACACACUAGUGCAGCAGCAACAGCAGAUCCACAAGCAGCAGCAGCAGCAGCUACAGCAACAGCAGCUACAGCAACAGCUGGUGGCCAUAACCAAGGCAGGGGGAAGCUUCAACAACUUCAUCUCCAGCUCCAAUGCAAGUAUUAUAGUCAACAACAGCAGUUUGAACGGCAGCAACAAGCUAAGCACCUUACUCAACAACGGCAACAACGGUAGUAACCUUACCAAUGGUGGCAGCAUUACCAACCCCCCACUUGUGACUGCUAAUUUAGUGGACAAUAACCUGAAUAAUAAUAACUUAGAUGGGAAAAGUAUUAGCUUCAGUAUCUCUUCCAAUAGCAAAUAUCCUGCUGCAGUGUUUGACAGUGGGGGUUCUGAAGGGGGCAUCGUCAUUCUCAACUACACAGACUCAGGCGAGUCUGGCACUGCUACUCUAGCCAACAUCAACCAGUUGGUCAGUGUGCACAGUACUAUAGCAAACAGCAACAUUGACUUCAUACCUCAGGGCUCGAAUCAUCUUGUUAAGGCGGUUAGUGAUAAAGCUACAAUUCUUUGUGCAGAUGAUAGAGGCUACAGCAAUAACCAUAGCCAUUCCUAUGAGAAACCAGACACUUUCCACAUUAAGGUUGCCUCCAGAAAUUCUGAUUCCUACGACCAUGGACAGGUGGUAGAGAAGGAGAGUUUGGAGUACAGUGAAAGCGAGGAAGCGCACCACAGCCACAUCACCCAAGUGUUGAACCCAGGAGAAGCUCACCAGCAAGAAUCCAACCCACAGAGUGACCAGUUGUCAAGGGGCAUGCACAGUGGGCGCAUCGGUGCAGGGUCAGGUCAAACUCAGAACAACCAUCAGCAGCAGCAGCAUCACAGCCCCACGUCCUCAGCCACGUCUGCUGCCAGUUCCAGCCAAGGAAUCAUGUUGUCCGCAGGACAGCCGGCAGUGCCCUCAGGAAUUUUUAGAACAGGCACUGAAAGCUCUUCAGCCCAGCAUAGACUCUCAGGGAAUACAAACUAUGUCCCCCAGCAAUACCCAAACCUCUACGGUGUACAUGGCCAGGCACCUGGACACUUGACCACUCUACAGCCCUAUCCGAACUUUUUCCAAGCAACUUCUGGACAUGUGUUUUCCCAUAAUGCUCUUAUGACUGCAUCGCCUCAAAGCCAUUAUCCACAUAUUGAGUCCUAUUCUGCUAUGUUGGCCAGUAUGGGAAGCCACGUGCAACAUCGGAGUUUUCAAGGAUCUGACAGCAGGGUGCCAAGACUACAGACACCUGGAUCGUCACUCUCUCAACGUCCGUUCCACUCCACAUCCACACCUGGAACACAGUACCCCACAAUAACAUGCACUCCCCCACACCGUCAUUCUGGCAGUAAUUCACCAAGCCCCGGGCCUCCAACAGGCUCUCAUAACCCUUCAACCCCCAGCUUAUCCUCUCACCAUUUGGAGAAGUUAGCUGCUGUGAAAGGAGGGUCUAGCCACCAGGCUAGAGAUGAUGAAUCUAGAUGUUUUGGUGAGGCACCCAACGUGCAUGAGGAUAAGGCCAGUCUUUCACCGCCCAGUCCUUACCUGCCUUCCGGUCAUGUGCCGAAGGUUUCAUUUGAUUCUGUUGUCAAGGAAUAUGGUGGCAGAGAUUCCCCUUCCAUGAGGGGAGAUGGUUAUUUUAGGCCGUCUUUGAGCGGGAAAGAAGGGAGCCUGAAGCACAGAAUUCUGACCAGGCCAUCAGACUCUGAAAUGGGGGAUGAUUUGUCUAAAGUGAGCGGAGUGCACGGCCUGAAAGAUGAGCCUAUGGCCAAGAGAGCCAAGGUGUCAGCACCAGUGUCGUACAGCGCUCCGGCCACCACUGGGCUCCAGGGUGAAGGUCAUAGGUCAAAUAGCCACCACCUCACCUCGUCUCAUCCCUCUAACAACAAUAAUAAUAACAACAACCUUGACAACCAUAGUGUCCAUUACUCGGACAGCCCUGUCGGACAGUCCUACCAGCCUCAUCUCAAUGACGACAGCACUGGGAGUAGAUACAAGCAAAAAUCCUACCACACCCCAUCCCCAUCUUGGACCUCCUCCCCGAGCUCACCAUCCUCAGACAACCCACCCUCCCACUUGCAGUACCCCACCCAUUUCAUGAAGGGCUCAAUAAUCCAGCUGGCUGAUGGGACCCUCAAACGGGUGGAAGACCUGCAGACCGAGGACUUUGUGAACAGCGCAGAGAUAUCUUCAGAUCUCAAAGUAGAUUCCAGCACAGUGGUGAAGAUAGAGGAACACCCUGACCGUGGGACUGCCAUGCUCAGCUUUUCCGUGGGGGAGCAUAGAGUCCAGGUGACGGUGGAAGCAACCCUGGAGCAUCCCUUCUUUGUGUUUGGCCAGGGCUGGUCGUCAUGCUCAGUGUCAAGAACCUUGGCCAGAUACGGCCUAGACUGCCAGAAGCUGAACGUGGGCGAUGUCUGUAUAUCCCUGACACACAAAGAUGUUAACCUCAAGGCGGUUGAGAUGAGCCAGCAACAGCAAGACCAACAGAGCUACCUUGGCGAUCCACCCAGCCAGCAGGAGCCAUUCUCACCUUCAGCAGCUCUGUCUGCCUCCUCUUCAUCCACAGCGCAGACCACCACCUCCUCGUCUCCGAGCUUACCUGUGAGCUCACCUGUUCAGGUGAAAACAGAGGGCAGUGAUUCGAACUUCCUUCCACCUUCCUCAGUUUCGAUGAAAUCAUUAAACAAACGCCGUCUGUCCCAGACCGAACUCCCCCCUCCUCAGUCAAAUAUAGUCCCAGUGAGGAAGGAAAGCGGCAGUCAUGGCACCAGGAGAAAAGUAGUGCCACACAGGAAUGAAAGUGAACCCAGAGAACAGGAAGAGGACAUGGAGGAGGAAGAGGAUUCUGACUCAACAUCCUCCCUGCGACAGAGAAGAUGGUCUGCGCCAGACCCCGGGACGGUGAAGGCAGACCAAGAGAGAGAGCGUGAAAGACUUUUGCAGGCAGAUGAAGCUCAGAAAGCUGAAGAAGCCUCUCAGAAAAGCAGCAGUGACCAUCAGUGAAUUAAAGAUAUUCUUGUAGUAUAAACCUUUCAUUUUUAAAAAGAAUAUAUUGAAACUAAAUUUCAUUUACUGAUUUAAAAGUAUAAACAAUAUGUAUGAGCUGUAAAUUUGUUACUUCCAGUUUUUCUCUGCUAAUGUAUAACUUUUGAUGUGGAUGAUGAAAUGUUUUUAAGUGUCUGAGAAAUCCAAGGUUGUAGUUAUCCCCUCUGAAACUGCUCAUUGAUUCCAAUGAAUAGAUGUGUAUAGAAUUAAAUUAAUGAACUUGUAAAUAAAUUCUUAAAAAUCAGAUUAAUAUUUUAGAAUUUUUACCAAAAACCUAUCAAGGUAUCUUUCUAAAAAAAAUUUCAGAAGUGUUAUAAAAGCAAGGAACCCUGUGAAAGUGUCUAGUUAUUUUUUUAAUGUAAAGAUUCAUGGUGGUACAUUUAUAAGAAUGAAUACUAAUACAAUAUAUUUUUGGAGAAAGUAACUAUUUUAAAUAACUUUUUCAUAUUCCUCUUCUGAAGCUAUAUAACUGAAAUCUAUUUUUAACUAUAUAGUUCUUUGGGAAAUGACAUACUUUAAGAACACAGAUUUUAUAAAGUUUAAAAAAAAAAACAUUUAAAGGAUUCAUAUAACCAAUAGCUUAAUUGUUCCUUUGUCAUUGUAACACCAUUAAAAAUAUUUUUCAUUGCUAUUUUUUGUUUAAUCGAAGCCAGAGAUCUUACCUUAAUUACUCUCACAAAAGGGGACCAAAUUAAAAUUCUCGUACAUCUGAGUAUUCUUAAAUAUAUUUUUAAAAUUCAAGUUCUAUCUUGCUGCAAAAUUUUAAUGCAUUUUAGUUUAUUAUUAUGACAGAAGUUGAAACAAAUUCUUUUAACCUGUUUAAUUUUUAGAUUUAUUUGUUCUGGAAUCAUAUCCAAGUAAAGUAUUGACAUCCAUUUUAAAAAAAAAACUUUUUUAUGCCUAUUCAAAUUACUUGAUCUUAAACAUUAAUUAAUUGCAAUUUUUGGACUACAUAACUUAAAUGCUGAGUUUUAAGUAUGGCCCCAUUCUGAUCAAAGCUAGUGGUCUUAAAAGGUUUUCAAUUGUAAUCAUUAGACCAGCACAGAGGGGAAACAAGCAGAAGCCUUAGUAUUUUAAAUAAAUCUCUUUUUGUUUUAUAGAAACAUAAAAAGCAAUGAAAUUCUUGUGUGUAUGCUAUUUUUUUGUAACGACAAAAUGUGAUUUUUAUUUUUCAAGAUUAAAUUUGUAUCAUAUGUAUAAAUACUAUUCUGCAUCACUCUUUACAUAAGAGAUAAAAAUGAACCCUUUAAAAUGUGAUACCAUAUAUUAUUAUUAAAUUAUCUAAAUUUUAAAGGUAUUGAGAAGAGGAAUGUCUUAAGUUUUUGUGUGCUACUCUUUAUACAUCGUAUAUAUUUGUGCAGUCUGUUGUUUUCUAAUUAAAUUAAUAUUUGCUUUACCUAUUUAAAAGAGGGUGAUAAGAAUAUACAGCAAGCUGUUACUUUUGACUUGAAAGCAGCUAAACUAUAAACUUCAAUCCACCCUAUUUCCUAGUUUUAGAAAAAUGUAUUCAAACUUAGUAUAUUUUAUAUAAGUCAGUGGAAUUUCUAGCAACUUUCUUAUUCAUUCAUAAAAUUUACCCAUGUUGAUUUAUAUCUUAACUUUAAAAAAAUGUGUAUUUGUCUUUUUUUUUUAAUUGUAGAAGUAUACCAUAUUGAUUUUAAUAUGUAUAAUACUGUAAAGGGUAAUUUUAAAAAGAAAAUUAAAAGGUGCAUACUUCAUGUUGGUUUUAAAUAUAAAUAUAAAUCUUCAAGAUGGUUCAUUUUUUUUACUAACAAUAACUUGCCAGUCGUUUUUAUUCAACUAAAGAUUAAAGUACUGAGAUAAAAUAAGUUUGUAAGUCUACAUGUGUUUCAACCUUUUUUUAAAAAAUAAAUCGCUUUACUAGGCAUUUUAAGUUUCCUUAUUUUAAAAAAACUAGUUCUAAUUUAUAUCGUGUCAUUUCUUCAAAGUCAUGAUUAAGGCUUACUAAUGUUUUGAUUCUUAAUAUCUAAAAAACACAAUAAAAAUGAAUUCUUUGUCUUACUUCUCAGUACUAUCUAAAUAGGUCAGUUUUAAAAGUUUUAAAAUAAUUAUGUUCUAAUUAUUUUUUAUAUUCAAAAAAUAUUUAGUCUUUUAUCUUGGGCAACUUUUUAGCAUCAUCCUUUUAAAACAUGCAGUAUUAUAAAAAUUUUUUUAGCUUCAUUUGAUUUUACAGUGAAUGUUUUUAAGAAAGAAAUGCUAAACAGAAUACCAUUUUUAAAAUAUUCUUUUUAUUUUAAAAAUCACUUGUAACUCUUGUUAACAGUGGAUGUAUUAUUUGAGGUGAUCAAAUUUUCUUAUAAAGAUCCAGUAACAAAAAUUGUAACAAUUUUAAAGUCUCUCUUGAUUAUUAUUCUCUUAUCAAGACAAUGUAAAUAUCCUUCCUACAUUUUUCUCAUUUAAUGUGCAGCGGUCUUUAUAAUGCUACUCUGUACAUAUUAACAUUGUAACAAGCUUAAAAAACAACCACUAGCUAGCCACUCAGUUUUUAGUAUCAUCAAUUCAUAACAUGACUCCUCAAUAGGCAAAUUACAGACAUAAAUAUCUGGGCUGGGUUGCUUGAAAAUAAAACAUUUUGAUAGAAAUUGUUAUUUUGUGAUGACAUUUCUGUAACAGCAACUUUCAAUUAAUUGUAAUUGAUCAUUGUGCUAAAAAAAAUGUAAGUAAACUUGCAACAUGACGUUACUUGUAUAAAAAUUCUCUGGUUAAAGGAUUCGUAUUAGUAAGACGUAGAGUUUAUAUUAAUAAACAGUGUCUUUCAUGUGUGUUAGUAUGUGUAUAAAUGAAUAUAUAUACUACCAUAAAAAUAUGUGUAUUAUGUGUGUAUAUAUACAUGUAUAUAUACAUAUACACUUAUGUAAUAUAUUUCCUUACAUUCUACCUAAACAAUUUAGAUGUGAUUAGAUGGAUUCAUGUACCAGUUUUACAUUAAGCACAAACUUCCUUAUAUUUUCCUCAUUAAUAAUUUUGUAAAAUAUUAAUCUUGUAUUUCACUUUGAUAGACUUCUCUUAAUCUAUAAAUUUUUUAAUAUUAAUCAGCACAAAUCUGUGUCUUCGGAUAGAUUUUACUUUAAACUUUGACGUUUUAUUUAUGAAAGGAAAUAAUUUUGUCAAAUUUAGAAUAAAGUGGGUAAUAUUUUAAUUUUUAAAAUGUUUUAAAAUUGUCUUUUCAAGAAAUAUUUUUUAGCUGAUUAAAUAGCUUGAUAAAUAUUUAAUAAUUGGAGGCUUGUAAUUAUCUUUGAAUUGUUUCUGAAUUCACUACUCUCAGUGCAGCACCCAUAACAAUUUAUUCUAAAAUAUAUAUUACUCAUUAUUGUGUUUUUCAUGUUUAAUUAUAUUUUCUUGAUAAAUAAAUUGAAAAUGGAUUAAAUGUUUAAACCAUUACAUUUAUUGCACCUCUCAUUUAAAUAGUGGAUGCUGUUCAUUAAUUGAUCUAUCUACUAUUGUUGAUGUUUUCUUGAAAGUUUAUUUUAAUAUGAGCUUUGACUUUUUUAUAAACUUUAACAGUUGAAUACUACCUUGUUUUCAAUAUAGUUUAAAUAUAUUGAUGAACAAAAAAUAAUAAAGAAAAGUAUUACACCUUUGGUGUAAGGUACGGUAGAGAAAUGAAAGUGAUGUGACUCUAUGCUUCUUGUGAUAUUUGCAAAUAUUGUACAUUUUCUUUUAAAUUUUGAAUUAAGUUAAAUUGAAGAUAUUUUUUCCCUCUUUAUUUUAUUGUUUAUGUGUUCAAUCAAUACAUGUGUGGAACAAGGUGAAAACCAAAGUAAGCAGCCUUAGUAUUUGUAUAUAGAAACUUGACUCUUCACUACAGAAAGUUUAAGAUAUUAAGAAUGUUUUUUAAGUUGUGUGUAUUUGUUUUGGAACUGAAGAAAAUGUGUUUUCUGGUAAAAAUUUAAUAAAUGAAGAAGAAAAAUUAGUUGAGCUAACAUUUAGCUCUACUUCAUCUGUAUGAUACUCAACAAAAUUUUUAAUCAUUGAAUGCUGGAAAUAAACUGUUCAAAAAUUCUAAAAAUGUCGGCAAAUUUUUGAAAAUUGUUUUAUAACUUUUAUGUAAGUGCUUGUCCACUGAGGGAUGUAGAUACAAAACUAAAUGACAAAAAAUACAGAACAGACACUAGAUCAAGAGCACUUAGUGAAAACAAAAUAAAGUUAUACUGCUAAAAUGACAGAGUACUUUGCAUUAGAUGUAUUAAGUUUGUUAAUUAAUUAAUCUUCUUGUCAGGGCACAUGAUUUGUAAUAAUGUAGUUACGCUCCUGCAAAUGAUCAUGGAAAGUAGAAGUUAUCACUAGUUAAAUCCUGAACUGCAUAAGCUACUGAGACUCCAUUGGCCAUCAUACAUGCUGACCAUGUCUAAAACAACUAGUUUCUUUUGGACACUCUCCAAAAACCAGACAACUAGUUCUCAGGGUCUCUAGAACACUUUCAUUGGGUCACUUGUAGUAUGUGUGUGACCUUUAUACUUUAUCAUUAUUUACACCAGCACAAGGAGUUUUUUUUAUUGGCCUUCAUCCAUGGAAGUCAUACAAGUAUCUUGAUUAUUUUAAGUUAAUAUGGUCUUGUUACAAAAUCCUUAAAGUACAGUUUGAAAUAUGCCUGAUAUAUUUAACCAAAACGUCUAGUGAUGUUGCUUACACAUUUAGGAGCACCAUAAAGACACCUAUCAAACCUGUGCUAUUUAAUUCUUACACUAAUCAACUGGAAAUAGGUUUUUUUUUUUACAUUUUGUCAUGUCUUCAUAAUAGAGUUAAGUGCAAAAGAUAAUUUUAUAUAAAAAAUAGAAUUCCUGUCUGUGAAGCAAAGACUAUGUAGUACAGUUUAAAUCCCUACUCAUUAUAAGUAAGCCUAGAAAGCAGCCUAAUCUGUUUUAGACAUAAGUUAACCUAAUGUAAAUCCUGACUUGAAAUGGCUAAAAUUAUACUUCCAAAAAUUAUUUUAUUGGUUAAAUCAUAACUCAAACUGAUUAAUGUUGAUACAUCCUUAACCCUUUUUUUUAAAAAUAGUUUUAAAAGAUUAGUAGUCUCGUUAAAUUUUAUAUCAAAUAGCAAUGAUACUGUAUAUCAUUACAAUUAUCUUUUUUUUUUUCAAGAAAAAUUAUUCAUAUUAUUAGCUGAUUUUUUUUUUUAUGUCUUAUGUACAUAGUAUUUUCCAAUUUGAAAUAGCAUUUAGUGCACUGGCAUUCAUUUAAUAGUCAUUCAGUUUUAUUUCCAAUUUGGCAUUGUCUCUUCUGUGAUCUGUCAAUUUUAAAAACUUUUUAACUGUUUUAUUUUUUAUUUUAAAUGUAUUUGUUGCUGUUUUUUUUUUUAUCUAAUCCCUCAGAUCCACUGGCCACAUGUUACAUAAGUUUGAUCUUUGACUUCUGUUGUAUGUAAAUAAGUAUGAUUGUAUGAAUGAUCUCAUACCAUAGGCAUUUUACCAAAGUCAGAAGCAAUUUUAAACUUGUUUAAAAAUUUUAUUUUAUUUGUUUUAGCUCAUAGUAGGUGAGAGUGAAUUAAAACUAAAGGGAAUUCGUAAAAUUUUAAAUCAUAUUUAAUUUUGACGUGACCAUAAAUCAUAAACAUAAAAAAAAAAAAAAAUAGGCGUAAAUGUAACAUUAAACUUCAGCCUUAAUUUUUCAUAGACUAACAGAAAUGAAGAAAAAGAAAUUUCAGCAGAUAAAAUUGUUAUGGCAUCUUAGAAAAAAAUUACCAAAAUGUCCUUCUUGUUUUUGUUUUUUUUUUUAAAUUAUUGUUCUAUUUUUUUUACCUACUAGACAGGUUCUAGCCUCUAUGUUCAAUGUGGAGCAGCUAAAGUAGGAAGGAGAGUCUGUACAUAGAUAACUUGAUACAGUUUUUUUUUUCUCUUCCUCUACAAGUUAAUUUGGUUCUGUAACUCCAUUGUUUCUAGGUGGUUGUUCUGGAGCUGCCUGUUCAUGUCUCCUGUUCUUCAGUGUUGGUGUCUUAGCUUCACAUUGUGGUGAUGGCAUUGUGUCUGGGCAUCUAUUUACUGAUGUCUAAUGCUCAUUGUCUCCCCUGUACAUAAUCUUUCAAGGUUGUAAGCACCCCCCCCCCCCCCCCACACCUCAUCCCAACCCUGUCCAACAAAUAUGAAUCCAUUUCAGUUUGUUACUGUAUACCCAUAUCUGUAUGUAUACUUUUCUCAAAAUGCAUUUUUUUCUAUAAAACAAAAAAAAUAUUUGCAAAUGCUUGUUAUGACAUCUGAACAGAUGUUGUCAAAGAAUAUUUUGAAUUUUUAUUGAAUGCUGUACAUUGUAGUGCUACUUUGGUUAUCAUGUCAAAUAAAAAAAAGAUAUAUGUUGAUUUC